AUGUUUUAUUCGGGUAUCCUGACAGAGCCGAGUAGAAAAGAAGUGGAGAUAAGGGAAGCGGCAUCUCUCCGCCAGCAGAGGAGGAUGAAGCAGGCAGUUCAGUUUAUUCACAAGGAUUCUGCAGAUCUCCUCCCUCUGGACGGGCUGAAGAAGCUGGGGACUUCAAAAGAUACUCAACCACAUAAUAUCCUGCAGAAGCGCCUGAUGGAGACAAAUUUAUCAAAAUUACGAAGCAGCCGAGGCAGCUGGACUCUGAAGAGUGAUAUCUCAGCGCAGACCAACAAGCUGAAUCAAACCAAACUGGGCAGCUCAGGGAAAACAGAGGACGAGGAGCUCAUAGUGGUGAGCUGCCAGUGUGCGGGGAAGGAGCUGAAGGCCGUGGUGGACACCGGCUCGCAGCACAACCUCAUGUCGUCUGCCUGCCUGGACAGGCUAGGGUAAAUAUCCAAACUCCAACUGAUCUCCGAGGAGCAGGAUCAGGCAUUAGCUCACAGG